AUGGGGGAUGAGGUCUCAGAUAUCCUAACCCAAACUCCAGAGAGGCAAGUCCCUUCCCAUGAUCCUCUCUUCCGCUUCACCAUCUUCCCCUGUCCUCUGCUGCUUCAGUCAUUGCAGGUCGGGCUGUGCAGUUUCAGUGCGUACAUGAUUAACCCUGGACGCGGGCGGCGCUACACCAGGACCAACAGAAAGGUUUUCCAGUUCCUUAAUGCAACAUGCAAAUCGGCAUUCCUUUCCAAGAGGAACCCUCGGCAGAUAAACUGGACGGUCCUCUACAGAAGGAAGCACAAGAAGGGGCAAGCGGAAGAAAUUCAAAAGAAAAGAACCCGUCGUGCAGUCAAAUUCCAGAGGGCCAUCCCUGGUGCGUCUCUUGCUGAUAGAACGGCCAAGAGGAAUCAGAAACCUGAGGUCAGAAAGGCCCAACGAGAACAGGCCAUCAGGGCAGCCAAGGAAGCAAAAAAGGCAACUCAAGCUUCUAAAAAGACAGCAAUGGCGGCUACCAAGGCUCCCACAGAGGCAGCGCCUGAGCAAAUGAUCCUGAAGCCAGUGAAAGUGUCCGCUCCCCAGGUGGGUGGAAAACGCAAAGUUGGCAGCUGA